GUACUUGUGAAGCAAGUUACUUUUCUCUAUAAUGGCUUUUCCAGAGCCAAAACCAAAGAAACCUGAGCUGCCUAAGAAACUGCUGGACACGUUGCAGUGUAAACAGGGAGCUGUCAGGGCUGUAAGGUUCAAUGUGGAUGGGAAUUACUGUCUCACUUGUGGUAGUGACAAGUCACUCAAGCUCUGGAACCCCCACAAAGGGACUCUUCUGAAGACAUACAGUGGUCAUGGUUAUGAGGUGCUGGAUGCAGCAGGGUCAUUUGAUAACAGCCAGCUUUGCUCAUGCGGAUCAGACAAGACUGUUGUGCUGUGGGAUGUGGCGACGGGGCAGGUGGUUCGUAAGUUCCGUGGCCAUGCAGGGAAGGUAAACUGUGUCCAGUUCAAUGAAGAGGCUACCGUGAUCUUGUCAGGAUCUAUUGACUCCAGUGUCCGCUGCUGGGACUGUCGCUCGCGCAGGCCUGAUUCCAUCCAGAUACUGGAUGAGGCCAAAGAUGGCAUCUCCAGUCUGAAAGUGUCAGAUCAUGAAAUCCUUACAGGAUCGGUAGAUGGACGUGUCCGACGUUAUGACUUACGCUCUGGGGAGCUCUACUCAGACUAUAUUGGAAGUCCCAUCACCUGUGUGUGUUUCAGCAAAGAUGGACAAUGUACGCUGGCUGCUAGCUUGGACUCCACACUCCGCUUGCUGGACAAGGACACAGGCGAGCUGCUGGGAGAAUACACAGGCCACAAGAAUGUAGCUUACAAGAUGGACUGCUGCCUGAGUGAGAGAGAUACACACGUUGGGAGCUGCUCUGAGGAUGGCAAAGUGUAUUUCUGGGACCUGGUUGAGGGAUCCCUCGCUAUGAGCUUACCCGUGAGCAACAGCGCAGUCCAGUCUCUGUCCUUCCACCCAACCGAGGCUUGCUUGCUCACUGCAACAGAGGGCCUUGUCCAGCUUUGGAGGGAGGAGUCGUAUGUGGCAGAGGAAGAGCCACCUGCUUGA